GCGUCACUCGGGUGUCUUGGCCGCCGUCUUAGCAGGAGGUUCUCCCCGCGGCCGCCGUCUCGUCACCGUCUCGUCGCCUUCCUCACCGCCGCCGCCGCCGUCUCCCUCCUCUCGGUGCCUCAGCGCGUCUCUCGUCUCGUUAUGCACGAGCAUCGCUGGUCAUGCUGGAGCGAAUCCUCGCCAUUCUGGGGCUGAGAAGAUCCGUUCCACAGGUCGACCUCCGCUCCAUCCACGUGGGCGAUGGCUUCCCGCCGGGACCGUACGUGCAGCACUCGUACCGCGACAACACCAUCACCUCGUCCAAGUACACGCUGUGGAACUUCAUCCCGAAGAAUCUGUUUGAGCAGUUCCGACGAAUCGCGAACCUCUACUUCCUCAUGGUCUUCCUCAUCCAGCUGCUCGUGGACACGCCGACCAGUCCCGUGACGAGCGGAGUGCCGCUGCUCUUCGUCAUCACCGUCACGGCCAUCAAGCAGGGCUACGAGGACUGGCUGCGCCACCGCGCCGACGGGGAAGCGAACCACGCAGACGUCUACACCGUGAAGAGCGGACACCUGGUGCGCACGCGCUGCAAGCAUGUUCGUGUGGGGGACAUUGUGUACGUGCGGAGCGAGGAGUCGUUCCCGUGCGACCUUGUGCUGCUCGCAUCCAACUGGAGCGAUGGGCGAGCGCUCGUCACCACGGCGAGCCUGGACGGCGAGACCGACCUCAAGACGUACUUUGCCCCCGCUCGCUCGCCCCGCGUUCGCUCUCCACAAGACUUUUCUGGGUUCUCCGCCGCCGUGGAAUGUCGCCAGCCACAGCCCGACCUCUACAGGUUUGAAGGUCACAUCACCAUCCACAACACGGAGGAAUCGGAGCUGAGCGUCCCCGACGCCCUGGGACCUGAGAAUCUGCUGCUGCGUGGAACCCGGCUCAAGAACACCGACUUCAUCUACGGCGCCGCGGUCUACACCGGCAUGGAGACCAAGAUGGCGCUCAACUACCGCUCCAAGUCGCAGAAGCGCUCCGUCGUCGAAGUGUCUAUGAACUCGUUCCUGCUGGUCUACCUGUGCCUGCUGCUGUGUGAGGCUCUGCUGGGAGUUGUGCUCAAGUCGGUGUGGCAGAUGGACGCCCGGCGGGGCGGCGCCGGCGCCUGGUACAACGAGGCACCGCCGCUGGGACCCGCCCAGCGCAGCGCGACGCUGCAGUUCCUGGUGGACUUCCUGGACUUCCUGAUCCUCUUCAACUACGUGAUCCCCACUCUGCAGUUCCUGGUGGACUUCCUGGACUUCCUGAUCCUCUUCAACUACACGCUGCAGUUCCUGGUGGACUUCCUGGACUUCCCGAUCCUGUUCAACUAUACGCUGCAGUUCCUGGUGGACUUCCUGGACUUCCCGAUCCUGUUCAACUAUACGCUGCAGUUCCUGGUGGACUUCCUCGACUUCCUGAUCCUGUUCAACUAUACGCUGCAGUUCCUGGUGGACUUCCUGAUCCUGUUCAACUACGUGAUCCCCGUGUCGCUCUACACUCUGCAGUUCCUGGUGGACUUCCUGGACUUCCUGAUCCUGUUCAACUACGUGAUCCCCGUGUCGCUCUACACUCUGCAGUUCCUCGUGGACUUCCUCGACUUCCUGAUCCUCUUCAACUACACGCUGCAGUUCCUGGUGGACUUCCUGGACUUCCUGAUCCUGUUCACUACGUGA